CGACCAUUUGGCUACAUUUGUUAGUGGAGUGGGGACGACACAGAUCGACUAUCUUCUCUUGCGCAGGUGUGAUCGGGUGCUCUGCAAGGAUGCUAAAGUAAUUCCGAGUGAAAACGUCACUACCCAACACAAGCUUCUCGUGAUGGAUGUUAUGAUCAGGUGGGAGAAACAUAGGAGAGCUUUGAGUGGCAACACACAAAUCAGGUGGAGGAGACUAAGUGCGGAGAACAUCGCUGAGUUGACCAGGCGAGUGCAGGAGAAAGGUGCAUGGGAAUCGACCGGAGAGGCUACAGAGAUGUGGGUGCGGACUGCUAACUGCAUCAGGGAAUCAGCCAGGGAAGUGUUAGGUGUGAGCUCUGGCUCUGAGAGUAGGCGUCGGGGUGAUUGGUGGUGGAGCGAUUCAGUCCGAAGUAAGGUGGAAGCUAAGAAGGUGGCGUAUUUGAGGUACAUGGGCUGCAAUGUUGUGGAGGAAAGAGCGGCGUUGCGAGUGGAGUACAAGAAAGCGCGUAAAGAAGCUAAGUUAGAGGUAACGAGGGCAAAGAAUGCCGCUUUUGAACGCCUCUACAAGGAUAUUGAGGAGAAAGGCAGUGUUAAUCCACUGUUCCGGCUUGCUAAGGUGCGCGAGAGGAAGGCCCGAGAUCUAGACCACGUGAGAUGCGUGAAGGACAGCGAUGGUAGAGUACGGCGGGAUGCUGACGCCCCUGUACGGAGAUGCGAGAGGAUUACGGUUAUCGGGGGAAGUAGGGGAAGGGGUAGACCUAAGAAGAAUUGGGAGGAGGUGAUAAGACAGGAUUUAGGACUUCUCGACCUGACUGAGGAUAUGGCCCUAGAUAGGAACCUUUGGAGAACUAGGAUUAGAGUAGCUGGAUAGGAGCUCGGUGUUGUAGAGGUGGAGCCGGGGGUCUAUUGGAAACAGCCUCCCUACUUCCGAGUAGGGGCAAGGUCUGCGU